GGUCAAGAAGAAGAAGAAGCAGAGGAAAUACCCAUUGAAGUUAAAUAAUGCUUUUACUUGCUCGUAAUGCGACGAGUUUUUCUCUAGCUUUUCUCUGUUCCCUAAAGAAAAAGUGUUUAAAUCCAGUCGUUUCAUCUCAUCUAAUAAGAAUGACGCAUUACUUAAUGGAGAGGAGAGGACGACCGAACUCGCCUGACUACAGGAUUUACUUCAAAACUUCAGAUGGAAAGUACAUAUCUCCUUUCCAUGACAUUCCUCUGUAUGUGGCUGAUGAACAGGAAUAUGAUGUUCCACCAAAGAAACUUAAAACAAAUGAGAUUCUCUUAAAUAUGGUUGUAGAAGUACCUCGCUGGACAAAUGCCAAGAUGGAGAUGGCAACAAAGGAACCAUUAAACCCGAUAAAACAAGAUGUAAAGAAAGGCAAGCUGCGAUAUGUAGCUAACAUUUUCCCACACAAAGGUUACAUCUGGAACUAUGGUGCACUUCCACAGACAUGGGAAGAUCCCAAUCACGCUGAUAAAGAAACCAAGUGCUGUGGAGACAAUGACCCCAUAGAUGUGUGUGACAUCGGCUCCAAAGUGUGUGUAGCCGGGCAGGUAAUUCAAGUUAAGGUUCUUGGAAUUCUGGCUUUGAUAGAUGAAGGAGAGACUGACUGGAAAGUAAUAGCCAUUAAUAUAGAGGACCCUGAUGCAUUGAACCUAAACGAUAUUGAGGAUGUCAGAAAGGUUAAACCUGGUUACCUUGAGGCUACCGUGGAUUGGUUUAAAAAAUACAAAGUGCCAGAUGGAAAGCCUGAGAACCAAUUUGGAUUAAAUGGACAGUUCAAGAAUAAGGACUUUGCCUUAGAAGUCAUAAAAUCAACACACAGCUACUGGAAAGAGUUAGUGACCAAACCAAAGACAAAAAAUCUUGAAAUUGUUUGUCAGAACACGUCUUUGUGUGAUAGUCCAUUUAAAUGCAGUGAUGCAGAGGCAAGUGCAGUGGUCCAAGCUGCUGCAGAAUAUGGGGGACCCCUUCCAGUGUCUUCUGAUGUAAACAAAUGGCUCUUCUUGUCAAAGUAAAGUUUUAUUUGACAAAUCAAUUAGCAGUGUAAUCUUAUGAGGUAAAAAAUGUCAGAAAUCAAAUGAUUACAUGGUUACUGGCACAAAGAUGUUUUACAUUUUUGUAAAUCAAUUUUUUUUCUUAUUUAUCAAAAAUCACAGUGUUGCUUGCUAUACAGUAUAUUCAUUUGUUAUUAUGUUAGUAAAGCAUGUAAUUUUUUUAUUUAUAUUUUUAUCAUUUUCAUACAGAAAAUACUGUGUGUAAUAGGGGUGUGCAGCGGAGUCAGUAUUUGUAUCUGUAUUUGUGUCUGUAACCAUCUAAAAAUUAUUUGUAUUCGGAUUGAACCGGUAGUUGGCGGGUCUUAAACCGGAAGUUUGUCUUAUUACAUGAAAAUGGCAUUUUAACUGCAUUUUUGCUUUUAUUAUAAUUAUAACUUAAAUAACUGUAAAUAUUUAUUAAAAAUUAUAUUAGAAAAUUUUAAUGAAAAAGACAAAUAACUUCAUUCUCAUUAAUAAUAGGCAUGGAAAACAAACUUCUCAUUUUCAAAGCCUCAUACAGCUUGUGCCUAUGUGCGUUGAACUUGAGAGCGCAUUGACUAUACAUCACCCUUAAGCAAUUAUUGUGUCUUUAGGCACAGUUACAUAUGUGACUCAUUCUGUCUAAAUGAGAUUAAUCCCUCGUCUAGCGAUUCAAAUACUUUAGGUAUGAAACAUCUUUGUUUUCGUUUUGGUUUCGGUUUAAAAACAUGCAGGUAUUUGAAAAUAAAAUGCAGGACUUGCUUGAUGUUUAAAGAGUUAUUAAGAGACGUAAAUUCAGGACUGAUUUAUGUUAAAAAGUUAGUAAGAUCGACAAGACUUGCGCUGACUGACAGAUCCGAAACGCAAUGCACAGGAAGCAAGUACAAGCACUGACAGAAUAGUUCAAAAACAUCUGUUUUGACGAGAAUUUACGAAAGUAUAAUAAGCAUUACAUCAAACUUGCUGAGCUCAUUAUUAUCUAUGUCCAUACAGCGUUUGCGCAAACAGAAUGAAUUGUUUAAAAAAAUCUUUCUCAUUAAUCUUCAUCUAAAUAAAUAAAUCAGAUAUUCGUUUAAAAUUUCAAAUAACAGUAUGCUCUAUUUAAAAAAAAACGUUUUGACUUAGUUCAAAACAAGCAAAAUGAUUUUAAACAAAAAUGUAAUUAGAAAGAUUUAAUUCAAAUGUUUCAUUUAUCAAUUACUUACUUUAUUUUUAUGUUAACUGCAAUUGUGUCAUAGUAAUCUUCAGUUUAAAUAAAAAAAAAUAAAGUUUAAAGCCAAAUACAAUGACCACUUUUGUAGCCCCGCCCACAGCUUCGCGUGACACGUGUGUCUCAACAAUCAGUAAAUAUGUCUUUAAAGAUUGCCAAAUGUAACCAUAAUGACUUUUAAAUACAUUUUUUCUGAUAGACUUUUAUUUUGACGCGGUUAUCUGAUAACCAUGGUAACGAAGUCUUGGGUUGUGGAAGAACCGCGUGGGAACAACACGGAAGCUGAAUACUUUGACCCUACAGUCACAUUAGCUACAAAAGUGAAUGACACCGAGCGACACACACUCGCUUGAUGGGCGUUCCUUGGCUAGUUUCCAAAAGCGGUAUCAAAAGUCACUUUAGAGGUAUUGUUACGUUACAAGAACGGUGUUUUUGGAUUUAAAAGUAUUUAUUUCUCGAUAAAAGUAACAAAAUAUAUGAGAUAAAAUGCCAAACUUAUCAGAUAUAUACAUAAAUACGCAUUUUCCGCCAUCUUGAAUUGUUUUCUCAGACUCGACCACAGACCUACGUCACGCUGCUCCUUCACUCCGAUUGGCAGUCGCUUUGUCGCAUCGCUCAGCAUUUGCAUAAAAUAGCCUGCUUGUCUAUUUUGGCCCCGCCUUGCUCGCGCAGCGGCGAGCUCGUCGCUUGUCGCUGGCAAACGGCCACUUCCAUUGAAAAUGAAUGGUAGCCUGCCGCUCUGUCUCUGUCGCUUGUAGCUAAUGUGACUGGGGGGUUAAUUCAGAGGCUCGUAAAAUAGGGCUGCACGAUUCGGAGAAAAAAUCUAAUUGCGAUUUUUCUGAUCAAAAUUGCGAUUCGCGAUUUAAAGUGCGAUUCAUUGGUAUAUAAUAAAAGAGCUACAUCCAGGUUUGUUGUGGUGGUUUUAAUAGCACCAAAAAAUGAUGCUGUGCUACUGUUUAUUUAAAACCUCUUAAACAUUGUGCCAAGUUGUCUGCAGGACUUUGCUCUUCUGCAGACCAACUUUUUUUUUAUCUAAGAACAUUUAAAUACAAUUUAACAAAAAUUUUUGGAAAGUUUUAUUUAAAAUAACAUAUAGGCCAACGUAUUUUGGCUGUCACUACAACAAUGCUUCUGACAAGCAAAUGUUUAGUUUUUUCUUUUAAUCAUAAGACUAUACUCAUCUUGUUUUACUUUUCAGGCAUCUGUCAUAAAUGUAAAUAUAUUAGUUAUUAGAAUCUAUGAUUUAACAUAAGCAAAAAAUACAAAUAAAACACUGCACAGUCCUCACUGUAGGAUUUUAAAUGUGGAGCUGCAGAAGCUUGUUCAGUUAAGAGUAAGGAGUGAUUUUAAUUUUUGGUGUGUAAUAAACAUUUCUGACACAGAAAGCACCAGGUUACUGUCUGUCACUUUAAGACACAACACAGCUUUAAAACUGCUCUGCUUCAAUAUACUGAUAAACAUCCAGCUGUUUAUGUUCACUUAGACAAGAAAGAAAACUUAAGUUUAGUGAUCAAGUGUGUGCUGACUGCUCUCUGUGUGCACGCUUCAUGAACCCUCGUGCCUGUAUUCAAAGUGGUGCAGAUGUGCGCGUGCAAAAAAAGUAUACUGUACCUCUUUCGUCUGCUGUGUCCCGGGCUUUAAUGAAACCUGCUUAUAGUCUGAUGAGGCGCUUGUCAUUGUUUGCGAUGCAUGACGAGAAACGGAAGUAUAUACACCUUUCUUUAAGUCCAACAUUACACAAAAGGGAAAUGUUUUCGCGCAUUUCUGUCCUUUCAUUUGCAGGUUAAUGAGUUAUAAUGAGUUUGAGUUUUUAAAAUGACUGAAUCCAAAAUCUGCCAACUUCAUGACAUUCCACGUUGUGCAGUUAAUUCCAUUUGUAUGCAUUUCGCGAUGCUGUCCGUGUUUUCCGCAUCGCGGAAAUCAUAUGGCCGUACACUUUGUAGAGGAGUUGAACUGCUGCUCGCGCUCAUGUUUUCCAAAUGGUGUUAUCUGACGUGUAGUCAGCAGCUCAGUGUUAAUGCACUCUAUUGGUUUAAACUGCAUCAAACGUAAAAUGCGCAUGAAGCGAACUGUCAAAAACUGCGUACUAGAUGAUUGUUAUAUUUGAUAGCUUUGAAUCGAAAUAAUCGCAGCUCUUGCGAUUCGAAAAUCGCAUCCAUUCACAGCGCGAUUUCGGUUUAAAAACAAUUAAUCGUGCAGCCCUAUCGUAAAAUAACAUUAGGAAUGCGUGGAUGAAGGUUAUUUUUGAAGAGUUCCAGCUCGCGUGGGGAGUGUUUGAUUACCUUUUGUACUGUGCGGAUUCACUUGUAAAGAAGCAAGUCGAUGCUGGAUUUGCAGAGAGACUGUGAUUAAAAGCACCACUAAUAUUGGAUCUGACGAAAAUGACACAGCAAGUAAGACAUUUUACUUUAUUUAAGUUACUGCGUUUCACUAUUGCUUUAUUAGAAGAGAUCGCUUGAUAUGUCCUGUUGUAACAUCCGUGUCUAAGCACGAAUGUUUGACUAUUUUAAUUUACUAAAAACAUUAAACGAUUAAUAAAGGUGCAACACUUAACAAUACGAUUGUAAUUUAACGAUAGAAAUAUGCAAAGUUAGUGAUAAGGAAGGAUUUAUCAGCCGCAAUUUAGAUUAUGAUGCCCGCUUACUUUGUUGUAUACGGUAAUUUAGGCAAGUUGCGUUUGAACGGUCAAACACUCAACAAAGCUUUUUUAUCAUAUAACUGUGGUAUGUAACAUUACGUGUAUCUAAUAGCAACCCCACAAGCACAAUAGAAAUAUACAAAGUUAUUGAUAAGAGCUUAUCAGCCACAGUUUAUAAUCUGAUGCGCACUUACUGUGUUGUUUACGGUACUUUAGUCACGUCAAGUUUAAAGUUUUGUUUCUACUUUACUAUACGUAUUGUCAUUUAUGUGUAUCAUCUUUAGCAACCAGAAUCUUUUGUGGCUCAAACAUAUAUGUGUUCGGCUGCUAUUUUCACACAUUAAUGUUUUUUUUAACAUUUCCCCACAUGUAAUGACGGGGAAUGAAGCCAUCCAAUCAUAGCAGUGGGUGUUUAAGUCCAGGUCUUCAAUGCGGCCCGCCCCUUCAAACGAAGCUUUUCUUCAGAGAGCCACUAAUGCAUGUUACAAAAUAGCCUAUUACUUAUUGUUUUUUAUGUUUUUGAAUGUAAAAACCACGCGAACAUCAUAAGUAGACCUCAGACAACAGUAUAAAACAAUAAAAUCGACAAAUUCACCGCCCCUUUAAUUGUAUAUUCACCUAGAUUGAAAAUGAAGCUUUCUUUAACUUGAAGUAAUUAAAAGAUCAUCUGUGACCGAAGUCACACGGAGUUAUUAACAAAUAUUUUAUUAUCAGAGUGCAGCAUUUUAUCAAGGUAUUCUGGUCUUGUGUAAUUGUAAAAUGUAAAAAAUAAUAAUCAAAGGGUAAUUUUUUACAGUUGGGUUAAAAGAAGUUUGAUAUUAGCAGCGUUUUUAAACUAAUUCCAAAACAGCUCGUGUUUCUAAAUAAGGGACACUAAGAAAAUGUCAUUCAUGUCAUUUUAUAGAUUGCACUCAUUCACUUCACACACACAUUAUACGUGCUUUAAGGGGUUAAUAAUUUAGCAAACACGUGAUUAUGUCUGGCCGAAUAUUUUUUCUGUUAUUCGGAUGAAUUUGUUAUUCGUUUUGAAGCCAUUAUCCCUGCCCUUCCGAAUAACUUAUUCGGCUUCGGGCACAUCCCUAGUGUGUAAUGUGUUUUCAGUAACAUUGUGAUUUUGUAAUUUAGGCAAGGCAAGUUUAUUUGUAUAGCACAUAUAAGUUCAUUUGUAAAGCAUCAAGUGCUUAAAACAAUCUAAGAGGGAAAAAAUUUGUAAAAAUAAGAGACAUUUAAAAUAACAAAGAUACAUGAGAAUUUAAAAUAACAAAAGAAAAUGAAUGUAAUUUUAAUAGAAACAGUUUCAAAUGUGUUAAAAAUAAUAAAACGGGAAUAAAAGUGACUGUAGCUAAAAGUGCAGUCAGGGUGAAGCAGCACAGUGCUGUCACAAUGAUUAAAUAAUUGCCUCAUCGCGAUUGUUUGACAUCGCGAAGAUUUCAGAUUACCGCAAUGAUUGCACAUCUCUCUAAUAAAUUAGACAUUAUCAGAUUACUUUAAAAUAUGUGUUAUGUGUAUUAAUAUUUACUGCCAGGUAAACGUUGCAAAAUAUUUAUUGAAAUAAUCACAACAAUAUGCGAAAAUUAUUUCAUAAACAAACAAAAAAAUAUGAGAAUUAAAUUUCAAAGCAAUAAAACAGACAUUUAAUCAUCAUAAUCGUCAAAGCACUAAAAUAGGCAAUUAAUCAUCAUAAUCGCCACAAUUUAUUGGAUAAUUAACCAUCAGCCAAUUUUAUAACCGUGACAGCCCUACAGCACAUUGCUCAUUCUGUAAAUGCAUAGUAUUUAAACAGAUGUGUAUUUAAUCUAAAUUUAAAAGUGUCUACUGUGGAAGCACAUACGAUCUCUUCUGGAAGCUGAUUCCAGCUACACGUGGCAUAAUAGCAAAAUGCUGACAGACUUCGUUUUGAUAUAUUCUGUUUAUAUUACUGUUAUUAAUGUGCUUUAUAAUACAAGUGUUUCAGAGCCGAAUCGUAACUCAAACUUAAAAGAUUGUUAAAGGUCUCUAUAACCUAGCGGUUUACUAUAAUUUCGCUUAAUUUGUGUUCUUAAGGGCGAUUUAUAGUCGUGCGUAGGUCCUACGGCGUAGCUACGGCGUAGGCUAUCCGUAGCCUGUGCGUAGCUCUGCGUAGCCUGACGCGCACCUCACAAAAUUUCUAACAGCGCGUCGACUCUACGCGGACCGCAAGCGCUGUGAUUGGUCCACCAGAACCCCUCCCGUCAGGUAAAAAAAACUGCGUCAUAGGUAUUUCCGUUUGAGACGGUGAAAACAAAGAUGAGCCAUGUUGAGGAGUGAUUUAACUCAAACUGCAACAUAAGUCGCUGUUUAUUUACUUCCAUCAUUGCUGGUCUUCUCAAAUUAUACACAACAAGUUGCUAUUUCUUCUUCGUUUGUGGGUUAACUUGCUUAGCUUCUUUUUCUGUGACGACUUCUGCUGCUACUGUGGUUACACGCGUGAUUACUGCCAACCAGCGGUUUCGCGUGUGUUUGCACGUCGACGCGGACGGCGACGCAAAAGUAUAAAUGAAAAUCGACGCGGAACCUACGCCGUCGCGGCUACGCCGUAGGACCUACGCACGACUAUAAAUCGCCCUUUACAGUGCCUGAUAAAUAUGAGAUAAUUUCUAAAGUUAAAAAUUUUUCCCUGAAGUACUAUUCAAUACUUCGUAAUCUACCUAGAGCAGACGUCCUAAAAAAUUAGUGACUGUGCAAGGAAGAUACUUAAUGAUGCCAGUGGACUAAAAGAGUUGCAAGCUUAAGUAGCCGAGAUUGAAGAGACAAUACCAGGGGUGGCGAAGGUCGGUCCUGGAGAGCCGCAGCCGUGCAGUUUUUAGCUCCAACUAAACCUCACCUGUCUGAAUGUUUCUAGUAACUCUUUAGACCUAGAUUCCUGUUCAGGUGUGUUUGAUUAGAGCUGGAGCUAAACUCUGCAGGACUGCGGCUCUCCAGGACCAACGUUCGCCACCCCUGGACUAUACUAUAAAUACAAGAUGUCCAUGUAUUCUACCAGUCACAGCUUUAUGGAAGUGUGUUUAAAUUGAAUCUGUUAACAUUUAGUCAAGCAUUGGGCAAUGUCAGAAACAGAACAUAUUCACUGUGAGGUAUGAGUUGUAAAAUGUGAUGCAGUCUGAUGCAGUCAGCCAAGAUAUAUGCCUAAGUAACCUUCUAUAGAAGAAUUAUAGAAGAAGAAUACUUUAAAAAACAAAACUGACUUUUCCUCAUACAAGCGUAUGCUAAUGGCACUACGUGAGCUUUAUUGACUGGGUUUAAUGUGGAUACAAUGAAAAGCAAGAAUGCACACGUUAUUAUACAUAACAUUUUUUAGUUGUCAUAAUGAGAAUUUUUUUUAACUUUGAUAUAUAAUAUUUUAAUAGAUGCUUGUAGUAAAGUUAUAGACACGCACGUGCAGUGACGUGAUUACGCAGGCUCGAACUUUCUUCAGCUUUCGGUUUGUUUAAUGGUCUGACUAAUUGCUGAAACUGAACUCUUAAACAAAUACCUCAUUAUAAAAUGACAAAUGUUUUGGUUUUCUAGUUAAUCUACGUGUUGUUUAUUUUGCUUGUUAUAUAAAUAAACUACUUUAAAUGGAUUUUGUUUUUAUUUAUUAUCUGAGUUUACUGGAAGUUACAUGUUUUCCAUGAAAGCCGCCUGUUUAUGUUGUAACUGCUGAAACCAUCUAUAAGAUAAAAAAAACUGUAAAAAGAAGCAUAGGUUUUACUGUUUACAAAAGUUCAGUGUACUAACUGUACUUACUCGCUUCGCAGGUUUUCUAAUUGCUCUCGUGGCACUUUUAUAUUUUUUUGCAGAUCAAUCUGCGCAGCGCCACAGAAACCACAUGGUAUCAGGGCUGUAAAAUAAAGUAUUGCCUGUUACUUAACUUCUCAGCUGUGUUGAUAUACCUAUAAAGUAUCCUUAUAGUUUCUUUGUAAUUACCUUGAAAUAGGGAUGCACCAAUACCACUUUUUUGGAAUACGAGUACGAGUACUUGCCGAUACGGAGUACUUAAUAAAAAACAUGAUUUAAAUUGACAGGUAACAGCUUUAGUCAUAUAAUUUAACAAAAAAACAAGGGACUAGUUUUCCAGUUUGUUGUAAACUCUGCCUCUUUGGACAACACAAGAGGCAUUAACCCCUUACACGCCGCUCAAACAUAGACAUUUCUCAGACCGUGGUAUCGAUCCCUGGUAUCGGGGGACUUUUAACGAGUACUUUAGAAAAUGUGGUA